UCAAAGCUGGUCCACCCGACAUGGAAGGUGGACGAACAGGGUGGUGAGGACGUGUCCUCUAGAUCGAAGUGCGGCGACGGGGCUAGAGUUUGAAGAGAAGGCGGAUGGGUGAUGGUGCUAGCAAGGGGAGGACGACAAUUGAAAACAAUAUGUCAUGGGAUGGUUUCUUGCUUAUUUUGCACAUUUGUGUGUUGCGUUUUCUUGCUUAUUUUGCACAUCCGUUUCAGUUUGAUGUAAAAAAGGUAACCCUAGCUAACGUGGCAGACCUCAAAGCAUCACUCACACACCAUCGUCCUCUCCUUUUGCCAGCACCGCGAACCCGCCACCAGCCUUCUCCCACCCACGAAGUACGGAAGGCUGCCGGAAGGAGCUCUCACCUCACAUCCAUCUCUGUCGCGCCCGUCAUCCUCCUCCUCCUCCCCUCCUCAACUGCUAUCGGAUUUGCGCUGCAGUGGAGAUCGACCCGGGCUGGGAAUUUCUUUCGUUGCUGACGCGAGGGAUUGGAAAGCGAACGCUCGGGCGUAGUUAAUUUUCUAGGAAGAUUGGGGUUUCAGCUCAAACCCCCAUGCUCGAUGCUGAGGACGACCCUGGCGGGAGAUGACGAGGAUCUUCGUGCAGCGCGGGACCGCCGGCUCCUCGUCCAGCUCCGGCCGCUCGGGCUCGCAAUCAGCGCAGCAGCCGGCAGCAGCUGCCCGGGAGGAGUUGCCGUUGCAACCUCAGCCACAGCUACCAGAACUAUUGGCUAUAGAUGAUGUAACUGAGCAUUUAAAUGAGGGCAACGAGAACAACAGUAGCAGAAUUAAGUUUUUGAGGACGGAUGACACCAUUUCAGAGAGCUCGAGCUACGCAGAGGAGAGGGCUGCCAGGGAGAAGCCUCCUAAGGAUGACUCUAAUGUAAUCAACCCCACUUCCUUGGUAGAGGAACCGAUAGUGCUCCAUACCCCUGAUCAGAUUGAACAUGGAAAUUCUGUGCCGUCAGGAACUAAUUCAUCACAGAUGGUGGGUGCAGCAUCGCACCCGCCGCCACCGCCAGCUCCGCCUCCAAAAUCAUUGUUGGGGAAUAGUGGGUUGUGGAGAAUGGGACCUGGAAGUUCCAACAGUGUGCGGAUUGGAUCUCCAAGAAGACCAGUAGCUUGGCCACCAGUGGCAGCUCGGACAUCUGCUUCAGGUUCUCGUCCUUCUUCGCCUAGGUCACUCGUUGAUGGUGAAGGUUACAAUAGUGCUGAUGAACAGGGUCCCUGUUACGCCUCGAGUUAUGAUGAUUCGGAAAGAGAGCGUAUGUUUGAGCAUGACCUAAGGCGAGUGAAAGGGUUGGAAAUCAGAAAGACGGCCGAAGAUGGGAACUGUCUAUUCAGAGCUGUUGCUGAUCAAGUUUAUGGAGAUGCAGAAGCUUAUGACAUGGCUAGGCAGAUGUGUGUUGAUUAUAUGGAAAGGGAACGGGAUCAUUUCUCUCAGUUUAUAACUGAAAGUUUUACAUUAUACUGCAAGAGGAAAAGGAGAGACAAGGUUUAUGGCAACAAUGUUGAGAUCCAAGCAUUUGCAGAGAUGUACAAUCGUCCCAUUCACAUAUAUUCCUACAGUACAGAGCCCAUUAACAUUUUUCAAGGAAGCUACAACACAGACACUCCUCCAAUUAGGUUAAGUUACCAUCAUGGUAAUCAUUACAAUUCAGUGGUUGAUCCCCGCCGACAGACUAUUGGGGCAGGCCUUGGAUUUAGCUCUUUUAGAGGGACUAAUGUUGACAGGGAUCAGGUGAAGGCUGCAAUAAAAGCUCAGCAAGACCAGCAAAUUGAUAAUGCACUGAUGGCAGAAGGGCGAUUCUACUCUGAUCUGGAGUUAACAGAGAGGGAAAUAGAACGGAUGGUGAUGGAAGCCUCGCGUUCAGAAUAUCUGGCCAAGGAGAAAAAGCUUAACAUAAGGGAAUCAUCGACAUCAGGGGCAGAGCCAUCUUCAUCCGCUGCAAUUAGUGGUUCCUCUCGAUCAGUUGCUGGAGCGGACAGAAGCAGCGAGGACUACUUUGUGCUUCCAGACACUGUGCUGACUCGCAGCAUGCAGCUGCUUCUCGCAAUGGGCUUCGGCUACAACCAGGUCAUGGAGGCCUACAGCAUAUUCGGCGAGGAUGUGGACUCGAUGGUCUGCUACCUGGUGGAGACCGGAGGAGCCUCGGCAGGUGGUAGCAAUCGCCGGAAAGGAAAGGCUGCUGAGUGAUGUGUGCACCUUCAUUGCUGUGAAUGUAAUUGAUGGAAAACGUUGGGCACAACUCAUACCAGAUAAUGACAGCCUUAUGAGUUGAGAUGUCGAUAUACCUGCUACCUUAUGGGUGAUGAAUAAAUGGAACUCACAACUCUUCUCGAUGCCUUCUGGUGAUCAAGUUAAAUAAUUAAUGAUAGUUGGUGGUU